GUAACUUUGUAGGGCUCCGUCCCUGAAGCCUGUCAGACGCAUAAGUUGGCAACAAUAACAUUGAUACAUUUCGGGAGCUAUGGUUUCUUUUUUCAAUAAUUAAGCGCCCAAUUGUGAAACGCAAACGACUGUGCACCAUCUGUGUCGUGUAGUUCCAGUGCGAUUAUGCGAUAGAGGCCGGAGGAGAGGCAGCACCGAGCAACGUUUGUUUCACCAUUGCCACACUCUUGUGAUGGAGCCCCCGUACAGCUACCUGCAAGUGGACAUCCAGGAACAUCCGACUCCGAUAGAGUUUCCGCCACCGUUCAGCAUAGAAGAGUUUAAUCUCAUGUUCCCAAACGGUGCCUCCCGCAGCACCCACAAGUCCAAAAGUCACAACACCAAGCAUCAGCAGCAGCAGCAGCAACAGCAGCAACAGCAGCAGCAGCACCAACAGCAGCAGCAACAUCAUCCGCCGCCGCCACCGCACCAACAGCAGCACCAUCCGCAGCAACAACCGCCGCAUCCACAGCAUCCCCAGCAGCAUCCGCAGCAGCAGCCACCACAUCCGCAACAGCAGCAGCCACAGCAGCCUUCCCCUGCGCCCGCGCACCACCCCCCUCCGCACAACCCGCGAAUGGUGAAGGACGAAAAGGUGGACGCAUACAACAAAAACCCACAGGGGGCGGCAUCCGCAUCCGGUUCGUCGAGCAGCAGUGCCGAGUCCUCAUCCAAGUCACCGACCGUGCCCGAGGAAUCGAUGAAGAACAUCUCCGUGAAGCAGCUGGUCCGCGCGAAGCACACGCUGCAGCAGCGCAUCAAGCGCCAGAACGAGACGGAGGAGCAGAAGGUCCUGCGCCGGCAGCGGAACGCGGAGCUGAACCGCAAGCGUCGGCAGAACAAGGAGGACAUCCGCGUCACGAUCGAGAAAACGAAGAACCGGCUGCGGCAGCGAAUAAAGCGUGAGAUCGACCGGAUGCUAAGGACGCGCCAGAAGCGGGACGACUUCCUGCGCGAAACGUUCGAGCAGAUGGCAACCGUGUUCGCGGACGAGGACAUGCUGCAGUACCAGGAGCGGGUCGCGCACGUGCUGUGGGAGAUCUCCAAAGCGUCCGGUGGGGCGCACGGGACCGAAAACAGCGCCACCAGCAACGCCACGGACAGAAGGGUUUCCUAGAUCGAUCAAAUUUCAAGCGAACAGUUUUUAAAAGUGGCCGCCACCGGCCCUGGCACCCCCCCUGGCAAGAGGUACAACAAGAAUUUUCAUUUUUAACUUUCUACCCGUUCCGGAUGGCUGCCGAGAUGUCGUCGUUCUCGGGCAUCUCGGGCAUCUCGGGUCAACACGCGGGAUUAUCGUAUAUAUUGUGCUGUAAUAUAUCAAAGAAGAAGAAAAAAACACACACACAUAAACACACCCUUGCGUACGUAUGAGAGGAUGGAUGCUCCUAAGAACCGUUGGGGCACCACCGUCGGAUCGUAUUCCGCUUUCCUGUUGCAAUCAAGUUCACAACACACACAGACACACACACACUUUUGGGCUCCCGACUGGGACACACCAUGAGUCAUUAGCCAUGCAAUUGGGCCUGAGGAAGAGGUGGAGAAAAAAGUGUGUCGCGGUGCCCGUCCCUGGGCCAAGGACACAACAUUAGAGAAAUAGUGUAACAACCAGCGUAUGUGAAACAAGCGGGCAUAUACGCAGUGUGUAGCGCGUAAGGCAAAACAAGCUAGUUCUAUAAAAUGCUCAAAUGUAACUAUGAUUUAAGCAGUGUUCGAAUGCAAACUUUUGAAGAAAAUAAAAACACAAAUUGUA